AAGCCAUGGAAGAGGUCAUGAAUUUCAUGAUGCAUGCUUUUGAAUUGGCUCAAAAUCUUGAACUAGAAUUACCCAACAUGGCCAACAAUCCUGAAAUUCUAUUCUCUUCCAUUCAUGAGGUAGAAAAAGCUUAUAGUGAUGCCAAAGAAAGAGUAAUGAUGAUGUUGUCAUCAUCAUCACAACAUGAAACAACAGCAAAAGGUUCUAAUUCUUCCUUUGCUCAAAUUCUGUCUCAUGAUGUUUUCAUGCAGAAAAACCAGCAUGCACAUUCAAUGGAUCAAUUGCUUCUAAUGCAACACCCUUUUGAUGUGAGUGUUUUUCUUGAGAAUAAGAUGAUAAGUGGUAGUGGUAGUGGUGAUGCUCAACUUUUGAGAUCCAAAGGGUCACAAUUAGGAGAAGUUCAAGGAAUACAAGCUCCACCAUCACGACCAAAGAAAAGUAGUAGAAAGAAUGAUUUGGAGAAGAGAACUGAAAUGUAUCCAGCUCCUCAAAUUGGAAACACUGAGAUGCCACCAGAAGAUGGCUUCACUUGGAGAAAAUAUGGCCAGAAAGAGAUACUUGGCCGCAAGUACCCAAGAAGUUACUAUAGGUGCACACACCAAAAGUUAUACCUUUGUCCAGCCAAGAAGCAAGUACAAAGGCUUGAUGACAACCCUAACAUAGUUGAAGUAACAUAUAGAGGUGAACACAUUUGUCACAAAUCCUUAACAGCUCCAUCAUCCUAUCCACCACCACCAAACCUACUUGGAAACAUUAGUACUAUUACUCAAACUACCGUUUCUUCCGAGAGGUGGCCGCUCGCGGUGAAUCUUGACCUCGGGGGCAUAGAUGGUAGCGGUGGUGGAGGCUCUAAUUCAAGAUUUGGAAUUGAAUACGCGGUAGCCGAUAUGGCGGAUGCAAUGUUCAAUUCAGGCAGUAGUAGUGGAAAUAGUAUGGAAUUGCUCUUUCAACCAAGUGAUGAUAAAUGGGAGCAUGAUGAAAAGGAAGAUUGAAAAUAGAGUCAUUGGUUUCUUAAGUGUUUUGUUAUAUUGAUUAACUCAUAGUUAUGUAUCAUUUUGCAAUAUAAUUGCUAGCUAGUUGAUAUAAGGUAGGUUUUCUGAAAUGCAAGUUUAAUUUUUUGGGUGAUACUUAGUAGAGAGAAAUAUAGUAAG